AUGGCUCCUUCAGCUCCCGGAACCGCCAGCAACUCGCCGGCCAAGAAGACCUCAGCUCCCGAAAAGAAGUACAAGUGUCAAUUUUGCAAUCGCGCCUUCAGCCGCAGUGAACACCGCAGCCGACAUGAACGCUCUCACACCAAGGAACGGCCCUUCAAGUGUUUGAAAUGUCGGAGUACCUUCGUUCGUCGUGACCUUCUCCUGCGUCACGACCGAACGGUCCACGCCAAAGAUGGCGGUAUCCCCCUGGUGGCAGAAGGUCGCCGACGCGGUGGCAACGGAGGGGUUCAAAAAUCCACUCCCGCACCCCCCUCCAAGCCCUCAAUCACGAUCGAUCCGGCGACCCUGGAGCAGAUCGAGGCAAGCAGUGAUGGUAUGGUCGACCUUGAAACAGCAGCCAUGUUGAUGACAGAUUUCCAACAUAAGGCUGCAGCAGCGGUGACGGGCCAGGCCUCCGAGCGAUCUGAGUCUCUUUCCCCGGGACGCGGAUGCCCUGGGACACGCUUGUGUCCCCCGCCGAUUCCGGCUCGAUGCCCCCCCUUGGUCGAUCGCCAUGGCCCCGUCGGAGACGUCCUCCUGUCCAACUCGCUGCCCAUGUCCGGCAAUUCAACCCCGAAUGCCUUGUCCCCGUAUCCCUCAAUGACCGGACCCGUCAGUCCCGUCAACUACCGUCGGUCCCCGGGACCCAGCCAGGCAUUAACCCUUCCCAAGGCCCCUCAAUUGGCGGAUGAGAUGGAGCGCAACCUGGUGCUCGAACGGGUGCAGGCCGCAGACAGUCUAGGCGCGCUGCCAGACAACUUCCAGAUCCCGGGUCUGUUGGCCCUGAACCGGUACCUGUCUACGUACUUUAACUUGUACCACCCUCACUUGCCCUUCCUCCACCAGCAGUCCUUCAAUCCGGCGUCCGCCCCGACCCCGCUUCUGCUGGCAGUUCUGUCGAUCGGUGCUCUGUACACCUUCGAGCGCGACCACGCUUUCAUGCUCCAUGUGGGCUCCAAGGUGCUGGUGAACCAGUUCCUGCAGCACAAGGAAAACUUCGACUCUCGCAAGUGUCCCUUGUGGUUGAUGCAAAGCACUUUGCUCAACAUGGUCUUCGAGAGCUGGAGCGGCGAUCCCAAGGGCUUGGAGUGGACUUGCUCCAUCAAGAGUCUUCUAGCCAACAUGGUUGCCGGCAACCGGUACCAGCUCAAGGUCCGUACCGAGGCCCGCCAAAGCCCGCAGCCAUCGCGUGAAGAGUGGAUCGAGGACGAGUCGUGCCGCCGUACCUACUUCGCCGUGUACAUCUUUUUCGGCAUGUUGACGUUGACUUUCAACCAUACGCCGGCAAUGAGCUUCGACGAGUUCGAUAACCUGGAGCUUCCGUCAUCGGAGUCUCUCUGGAACUUGGACGCCACUGAUGAGGAGAGCUGGCGCCGGAGCGUUGCUUCCGCCAGCACCAUGACCGUUCGCGAAGCUCACGACUUCCUGUUCCAGGGCGAGCAGACUCGCUACAGCGCCUUUGCCACUCGCGUGCUCAUCAACGCUCUGUUCUUGCAGGUGUGGAACCACAAGCGCAGCUUCGAGGCGCUGCAAGACGUGGUGACCGAGUACAAGCUCCGCUUGGCCCUUGAGACCUGGGAGAGCUCCCUGGAGGUGUGCGAGCCCGAGACCAUUGUGGUUCCCCUCAGCACCCCUCAGAAGGGUCACCCCCUCAUCUUCAAUUCGAUGGCGGUCUACCGCAACACGCGCGCUCGCCUGGAAGUUGACCUGAAGUCCAUCCAGGAGGCCAUGCGCUAUCAUUCCUCCUAUGAGGUUGCUGCCGCUAUGACCGUUGCUCGCGAGAAGGUCAAGCGCUCGCAGGAGAUGAACAAGGUUGUCCAGCAGUGCUUUGAAUGCAUCGAGAUUGCCGCCAUUCAGGGCAUCAACUGGGUGGCCAAGACCUCCGCCACCAACUGGAGUGUCGAGCACCCGCUCUGCGGUCUGGAUCUGAUGGUCAUCCUAAGUCUCUGGCUCUACCGCCUGGAACAUGACGAUGAGCCCGCGACUGAGGCAGAAUUGGCCAUCUACAACAAGGUGCGCAACCUGUUUGAUGAUGAUGCUAUCGACGCCUUUGGCAAACUCAGCUCUACCGUCGCCCGUGUUUGGGGUAAUAUCCUUGACGGCGUGGUUGUCUGGGGCAUCACCAAGUUGAUGGGCGAGUCAUUCAAGCUGCACUCCCAGGCCCUUGUCGGCUACGAAGACUCUCUUCGCGUCGCCAAGGAUCAGCCGAUCCACGCCGUGCCCACAAAGUCGCUUGCCAGCGUCGGCACGGCUUAUUAA